AUGGAUAGAUGCAAUCAGACAGGUGCCCUAGACUUUGUGUUUCUGGGAUUUUCAAGUGAGCGGGGCACCAACCUAUGCCUCUUUGCUGUGUUCCUCUCCCUUUAUCUUGUUGCCAUAGUAGGCAACACACUCAUCAUCACAGCCAUCCACAUAGACCCACGACUCAACACACCUAUGUACUUCUUCCUAAGCAACCUGUCUUUCCUGGACAUCUGCUACACAACUAGUGUGGUGCCUCAGUUUCUGAUCCAUCUCCUGACUAAUCACAAGAACAUCUCUUUUAAUUGUUGCAUGGCUCAGCUCUAUAUCUCCUUGGCCCUGGGUGGCACUGAAUCCAUCCUUUUGGCAGCCAUGGCCUAUGACCAAUAUGCAGCUGUCUGCCAACCCUUGCAUUAUAAUGUUAUCAUGAGCAGAAGACUGUGUGUCCAGAUGGCAGUGGCUUCCUGGAUGGGUGGCUUCCUCAAUUCGCUGGUGCAGACUGUGUUCACCAUGCGUCUUUGCUUCUGCAGCUUCAGCAACAAACUCAACCACUUUGGCUGUGAACUCCUGGCUGUUAUUAAGGUGGCUUGUUCAGACACUUUUAUCAGUGAGAUGUCAAUCUUGGUGACGGGGGUCAUUGUGCUGCAGAUCCCCUGUAUUGUGGUGUUGUACUCCUACAUGUAUAUAAUCCGUGCAAUACUGCGCAUCCACUCUUCCGAAGGUCGGCAUAAAGCCUUUUCCACAUGUACAUCUCACCUGACUGUUGUCACCCUCUGUUAUGGAACAGCCAUCUUUGCGUAUAUGAGACCUAAAGCCAACAUUUCACCCAAUCAGAACAAAAUGCUCACUGUCUUCUAUGCUGUGGUUACUCCCAUGCUCAACCCUAUCAUAUACAGCCUAAGGAACAAAGAAGUAAAAGGAGCCCUGGUUAAAGCAAUAUGGAAAACUAUUCUCUGA